UUCAGUACUACAGACACUCUGAAGGAGAGCUUUAGGGUCGCCAGCAAUCUGGACUGGGCCAACAUUGACCUCACUACCCACCCAGACCUCCUGGAGAGCAUGCGCCAGGCCGAGCUCUGUGAUUGGGCGCUGGAGCCAACGCUCUUCACUUCGCUCUGUGAUUCGUUGAACCGUUUCUUCACUCAUAAGGGCCUAAUUGGCUCGUCCUCCGGUAACAACUCCCCAUUGGCCCAUGGUUCCCCUCAAUCUCUGCUCCUCCCACCCCUUAUUCACAACACCCCCACCCUGGCCACCCUAACCCACCCCUCUCCCCUAGCCUACCCCCCUCUGGUCCCCCCUUCCAGCAGUGGGCAGUCCCCCAGGAGGCCCCUCCACCCCCAAACUCAGGGUGUACAGAGACCCUACCUGACCCAACCUGGAGCUCCUCAGACCAAUGCUGGGAUCCAACUUCAACCUAAACCCCGUCCCCCUAUGAAACAUCUCCAUAACAACAGCGAGGAGAUCCAAGAUGACUUUGACUGGGACUCUCUGAUCGCUUGACAGAGUGGAUUCUGUUUGCCCCACGAUUCCAUUCAGGAAGUCUACUGGAUCAGUGUUGCCUGCCGGCACAGAUCUAGGAUCAGCUUACACUCCCCAAAACAAACCUGGACCACUGGGAGGAAACAUGCAAAACUGAACAUAGAUCAGUAUCUAGGGGAAACUUCCUCCUACUCCGAGGGGCCUCCCUUACAAAACACUACACCCUAUAUUCAGCUGCCUCACCACACACGCUACUCUUGCCAGUGAGGAUGGUCAUUGGUACAUUAUGAUUGAAUGCAGUAUUUCUAUAGUGAAAUGGUUGAAUGUUUUUUGGUUCCUACUUAUUUUCUGCAAUUGUAUCCCUAUCUGGAAGUCUUCACAGAAGCUUCUGGACAUGCAUACAUCCUCCAACUGACAGAAUACUUCAUAUGUUAAUAAAAUACUAUAAGAUGAA